CGCUCAACUCCAACGACUUUAACAGCUCGAGCGGUGUGCGAUCUUGGUUCAUCAGUCUGCUGUGCGAAUUUCUUUGUCUUCUGGCUAGUGAAGCUAUAUGGAAAACCCGUUUAAGUCGAAUUCCCGAGGAUUUCUGUUCCACAAAGGAUCCUAUGACUUUUGUUCUGGUUUUCAAACGCAAACAUGUUAGUUUUUAUGAAGAGCAGAAUAAAUAUGAGUGAUUUGGUGAACCCGGAGUAUCAGGGCUGUGUGGACGGAUCUCUGAUGGACGGAUUCAGUGUUUUUAUUCAGGGUCUGUUGGCUGUUCUGGCUUUCAGCACUUUAAUGUUGAAGAGGUUUCGUGAACCUGUUGGAAUUAGAAGACCUUGGAGGAUCUGGAUCUUUGAUACGUCUAAGCAAGCCAUCGGUGCUCUUUGUAUGCAUUUUGCCAACAUAUUCCUGUCCACACUCACCAAUGAAGAUCCCUGCUCUCUGUAUCUAUUGAACUUCCUGUUGGAUGCCACAUUGGGAAUGCUGGUGAUCUGGGUGGGGGUGAAGGUUGUUUCCAAGAUAGUGGAACAUAAACACCUAACACUGCUAAUGUUCGGAGAAUAUGGUGAUCCUCCCCGGGUAGCGGCCUGGUUGUCUCAGUGCUCGGUGUAUUUACUCAUCGUUGCUCUGGAGAAAAGUGUGGUCACUCUGGUGCUGCUCGUUCCCGGGUGGACCAAUCUGGAGGAGGUGGUGCUGGACUAUAUCCCAAACCCACAGCUGGAGUUAGCCAUCGUCAUGCUGAUCGUGCCUUUCAUUGUGAAUUCUAUAAUGUUCUGGGUGGUGGACAGUUUAACAAUGCGGAAAUAUAAGAAGAUGACAUCUCUGGAAGGCUCACAUGACUGUCCAAAGCAAGUAGAGGUGUUGCCACAUGAAAGCAAUGAUGAAGCUGAGGUGCUGCUAAAGGAAGAUGAAGAUGAUAAUACAGUAUGUUCUGAAGAGGAAGAACACAAAUCACCAGAAGAAGCAUUAAUACGAGUCUGUAUGGAAGUUUAAAAAACACAAAGUAUACCUAUCAACAUGUAAUAUACCCUAUUACUCUGUUCCUAAACCUAGAGAGCUGCCUUGGUGUUUACUACCUACCUUUUGAGGCAGCUUCCUAAUUGAAAUGGAACUCAAUUGACUGAUUUGGAACCUUCUAAUAGGUAGAAACUCCACAAUAGAACUUUUCAGGUGAAGUACACUGGAGGCUGGACUCAAAUGAUUCCAAUAAAGUGUGGUGUUAGCAUGGUGCUAAGCUAGCAACACAAUACUCAAUACUUGACACAAGACUAAGUAUAAAAAUUCACGGCACACAUAAAAUGUUGAGUAAAAUUCUCAAUUUUUAGUUGGAUUGAACUUUUAUAUUGAUUGGCUACUUGAAUGAAACGUAUUUACGGUCAACAUUUCAUUUAUCAUUUUGUAUGCUAGCAAAUUCUGGAACAGCCUUCUUGUUGAGAGAGUGCCUUAAGAGCUUUUCAUAAGAAGUACACUUAGAAAAGUAUUACAAUUGAUCCCAUUAGAAUGUGACGUUAGCAUGUUGCUAAGCUAACAACACAAUGCUUUAAUAAGUAUAAAAAUUCCUUUCGUUUUAGUUAUAUUUAACUUUUAAAUUGGUAUUGAAUGAAAUAUAAGUAUAUACUGUCAACAUUUCUCUCAGUUCAUUUGCCGUCUUAAAC